UCGUAUUCGUACGAGCUCUACUCGGCUUUUGUACGUCGGUAAUUUUAUGUCAACUCCCGACUUAGUUUUGUAGUAACAUUCAUACUUUAUAAAUAAAUUCGGAUUUUUAUUUAAUUCUUCUCAGUAAUUAUUAAAUUAAAUUAGAAAAUAACAAUUAAUUGUUAACAAUAUCAACUGCCUUAAUAUUAUUUAACAACUAUUAAAAGUGAUGUGUUGUUAAUUUGAAUAUAAAAUGAUUGUAAACUAAUUGUGAUUGUUUAUCACGUGCAAAAAAUGCAAAACGUAAAUCAAAGUUUGCCGUUUGAAAAGCAUUUAUUUGUUGCAUCUUAUGACAUAAACGGAAUAAUAAAUCCAAGGUGAUUGUGGAUCGAUAUUGUUGCAUUUCUUUCGUAAAGAAACGCACAAUUUUCCUUGGUGAUAUCAUCAGAGCAACACAAUGGAAGAUUCUGAGAGUCAAUAUGAAAAUUCUUCGGAAUUCAAACGACCAACAUACAGCUUGCGACGACUUUCGGACUUAGUUCCCGCUCGCGUGGUAUUAUAUAUGCUCUCAUUUUCUGGAUUUCUGGUAUCUUUCAUGAUGAGAACAGAUAUAAACAUCGCAAUGGUUGAGAUGGUUAAAUUUCAACCAGUUCCCUCUGAUUCAAAUGUCACCAAGGACUCAUAUUGUUACGAGAUAUCAAACACAACUGCUUUAUUAGAUAACUCUACUAGUUCAACUGCAACGACUGGUGAAUUUGAUUGGAGCCCAAAAAUACAAUCUACUAUAACAAGUAGCUUUUACUGGUGUUAUAUUCUCUCACAAAUAGUUGGUGGUGUUCUUACCCAACAUUUUGGGACAAAGACUGUUUUUGGCGGCUCACAAUUACUUACUGCCAUAUGUAGCCUACUUAUACCUACCGCAGCGGAUCUGCACUAUGGAGCGAUGAUUACCUUAAGAAGUAUUCAAGGAAUCGCUAGUGGCUUAACCUGGCCGGCAAUGUAUGCGAUCGUCGGGCAUUGGAUUCCACCAGUUGAACGGUCGCGUUUCAUGUCAUCAUUCCAAGGGUUCAGCUUCGGAAUUGGCUUGACGUACUUCCUCUGCGGGUCUAUCAUCGCCCAUUAUGGCUGGAGAGUCGUCUUCUACACGACUGGCAGUGUCGGGGUUAUAUGGUGUGUGCUGUGGUAUUUCUUCGCCUUUGAUACGCCGGCCUCUCAUCCCAGGAUAUCGCACCAAGAGCGCCAGUACAUCCAAGGCAGCGUUAUCCAUCAAGUUGGAAGUACUGAGCAAGCGAUGCCAGUACCUUGGAAGUCUAUUUUAACCUCAUGGCCAGCAUGGGCAAUUGGAAUUACAACAUUUGGAAGAAUAUGGGUGCAUUAUGUGUUUAUUAUUCCUGGUCCUAUGUACAUGAAGACUGUCCUAGGCUUCAGCAUCCAAACUAAUGGAUUCCUUUCUGGAGCACCGUUUAUCUGUAGCUAUUUUAGUUCUGUCGUUUUUUGUUACAUUGCGGAUGUUCUUGUGACGAGACAAUUAAUGACUUUAACUAAUGUACGAAAAAUGUUCACAGCCAUAUCUCAAGUUAUUCCGGGAUUACUAGUACUUCUAAUUGGAUAUUUAGGCUGCAACAUAGUAAUUGUUCUCAUUAUAUGGUUUAUUGCUGUAACACUUAUCACAGCAGCCUACGCCGGUGCUAUGGCUAAUAUCGUAGACAUAGCACCAAAUUUAGCUGGACCAGUUUUAGCAUUCGCUCAAACAAUUCACAUGACUGCUAGCUUCUUGUCACCUCAAGCAGCUGGACUAUUUACUGAUAAAAAUCAAACUCUUGAUGCAUGGAGAAACGUUUUCGGCCUCACCAGCGGUAUUGCAUGUGGUACUUAUAUUGUCUACCAAAUAUUUGGUACCGCAGAAAUUCAACCGUGGAACUAUGUCGAUCAAAAGCGCUCUCAGCCAGUCGACAACGACAUUGAGCCGCUGAAUGAUUCGAACUUAAAAAACGGUAAAAAUCUGCCCAAUCGUUCUAACAAUCCAGAACAACCAGAAUUAAUAAAUGAUUAUUCGCAUUGAAAAUUUAUGUACUUGAAAAAUAAGACUUUAAUAAGUUUAAUACUAUAUUUAUCACUUAAGAGAAAAAAAUAAUUACUUACGACACUGUCAAAUAUUA